AUGGCUCCCGACGAUCACAGCAGCAGCAUUCGUGUCUUCGUCCACUGGCGAGACCAAACUGUCUUUGCUGGCGAGGACAUCAAGUGCACCAUUACGUUCAAGAAUGUUGCUCGAGAACCCGACAAUGCAAGGGGAGGGGAGCCUAACCAGGCCUCCCAGCCGAGACGAAACAAUUCGGACCGUCAGCGGCUGCUCUCGAGUCUGGCGUCACCUCUCGGAGGCAACCGCGGCAGCAAAGGCAGCCAUUCCAUCGCGUCGCCGCCUCCUGCUAGCAACGGACGAGGGCACAGAAGAUCAGCACUAUCCCUGAGCAUACCGUCAACUGCGCCAAGUUCUCGAUCGGCUGUGGUGCAAUGGCCUGGCGGCGGCUCCUCCGAUUCUCGACCAGGACACUCCCAUAAACGAUCCGUAUCUAUAGUCUCAAUUGGCUCGGCUGGCACUGUCGAUGACCACCACCAACGAAACGAAACGUCAGGUCGGCCUGCCAUGCUACAUCGAGGGCACAAUCGUGCCUCGAGCCUUCAAAUCAUGUCCAAAGACAACACAACGAAUAGACUACAACAUUCACACCGAAAUAUGACAUCCCCCCUAUAUACCGCAUCAUCCCCCCCCGAUAGAUACGGCCAGCAGAACCGCUCCUCCACCGCGCCGUCGACGCCCGGCAUUGGACGUCGACGAUCACCCAGAACCUCUCCGAACCUAAUGCCCGACUUUCACUUCCCAGCUGGACCGCCAGCUGAGGAUCCCCAAGAAGAGGCCGCUGCCGCUGAAAGACACGACCUGGCCCUGCGACCAAAAGAGUCUGACAAGCCUCUCACACCCGCCGCUCGUAUCCUGUCGAGCAACAGCAUGGCCAGUGGAACACCACGAAGCAGCGGCGAGUUCUAUGCCAUGAGCAACCAUUCUUCCGAAACACUUGCCUCUGAAUAUCCUGCUGCCAGAGACACUGCGCGGCCACUGCACCUGCGAAGGACCUCGGGCUUGCCGCCUUCACAAAACAAGAUGCCAGAGUCCAUAAUGAUGGGCUACGCCCAGGUACAAGGCUCUUUUCUGCUAGAUGGCUCCCUAAUCAGCCUCGGCCAGUUUGACGAAGUCAAGAAAAAGGGCGUUGUUGGCGGGCGCGGCGGUGGUGUCGUCGGACUAGAUCAAAACAGGAGAGACAGCGGUCUCCUGCGAAGCUUUGGCUGGGGAGCCAUCAGCAGCUCGCUCGGCGAUUUUUUAGGCGGCAACGAACUGAGCACAAUGAAGGAGAUGCGAGGCGCGGCAAACUCCAAAGCAAUUCCCCUGCUGAGUACUCCUCAGUCAAUAUUGUUCGUCGACAUGCAGCUUUUGCCUGGCGAGAGCCGCUCCUUUGAAUACACCCUUCGCCUGCCCCGAGGUCUGCCACCAACGCACAAAGGAAAGGCUCUGAAAAUCUCGUACAGUCUAGUCAUUGGAACACAACGAGCUGGCGGCGCCCGACAACAGCAGGUUCGUUCUGUCGAGAUUCCCUUUAGGGUACUUGGCAGCGUUAACAGCUAUGGCGAAAUCCUUGGCCACGAUUUAAUGAGUCCGUAUAUACUGUUGAAAGACGAAGCGCUGGUGAAAGCCGUCGGAAAGCGCAAACAUGUCAGCAAAGGCCGCAUCCACGUGGAAAGUAAAGGGAACAUGAACGAUUUCCUGGCAUACGUUGAUGAGCUUGUUGCUCAGCAAACAGACGACAAGUCGAAUACUUUGCUAUCGCCGACAGACGGUCUCGAUUCACGACGUCCGUCAGUCUUUGAUGAGGUUGCCUCGACAAAAGAAGCGAUUCAUCUUGCUAUUAUGAGGAGCAACCUGGCCAACGAAGGCCAGAGCCAGAACCGAUUUGAAAUUGCGCGAAAUGGCAAGAAAGUCGGUGCAGUCAUGUUGCCUCGUCCCGCAUACCGGCUUGGUGAAGUCGUAACCAUGGUCAUUGACUUUACAGAGGCCGAGGUGCCCUGCUACGCUGUGCACGCCACGCUGGAGACGUCGGAGAAGAUUGACCCCUCGCUGGCCGUGCGCUCCGAUUCGAGCAUCCAGCGAGUGACGCGCAAAGUCUACGAGGGAUCCUCAGAGACUACCAUGUACUCGCGCCGCAUUGUUUUUACCCCCACGAUACCCAUAUCCGCCACGCCCGAAUUUGUCACCAGCGGCGUCAGUUUCGAAUGGAAAAUUCGCGUCGAGUUUGUCGUGCCUGCGAAGAGCGGCGAGGAGAACGCGGCAACGCCGCCAGCCGCAGUUGGCUCGACUUUACUGGAGCAGCUGUCGCAAGAUGACAAGGGCGGCCUUGUCCUCGUGGCCGUGGAAAACCUGGCUUGCGAGAGUUUUGACGUGUCCGUCCCGCUCAAGGUGUAUGGUGCUGUAGGCACGGGGUUGGAAAGAUUAGAGCGCGACGAGUCGUUGGAGGGAGGACUGUCUGUAUGA